AAGGUCACUCUGGGCUUCCAAGGCGUGCAAUGCGCCUCAUUGUUUUGGCGUGUUCUGGUUCCCCCUGCUUCCCGUGUCUCGCUGCCGGCCUGUCUUCCUUUGCAAUGGACCCUAGGAGGCACAAUACAGCAUUUGGACCAAUUCGGUCUUUGCCCGCCCUGUAUUAUUGUGUCAACAGUCUGACAACAGUCAUUCAUGUUUAUGGCAACCACUUUUCUAUCGUUUUAUUCUUUCCGCCUUCUCUGUUUUCCAUAUCAACGUAACCAAUCUGUUCCUUGGUCUCCGCCAGCAUUGCCGUAACCUGAGCGCCACAUUCUCUCCAGCAAGUAGUAAGAAGAAGAGCCCUUGUACUUGUUUGCCUUGCCUCCGUUCUUCUCUCCUCGCCCAUCUACUCUUGAGUCGCCAUUUCAUUUCCAAGCGUGCUGGAGCCCGAAUACCUAUCACCCUUUUCUCUCAAACGACACCCACCUUCAUGCCUUCCGUUUCCCAGAGCUAUGAUGUUCUCAUUAAUUUUGUCAACGACACAUCCGAUUGUGUUUCAAUUCAACUCUUGAGGGACUACGGACGAGAAGGCGGCGCCUUUACCAUCAUCCAGCCGUCUGAUUCAGUCACCCUCGUGCUUGAAUCCGGGUCCCUCUAUCAGUAUUGUCUAAAGACACGCAUCAACGUCGCGAGUGUGAUCGUGCGCCCCUGGAGAGACAUUCAUUGCAAUGUAUCUAUCCUUUUCAUUGACGGUACAUCCCGCACCACCGACUAUCCAUCGUCCGUCAGCGGAAUCAUCGUGGAUCGUUUGUGGAGAGAUCAUCGAUUCAGUAUAUGGGAUAAUCCUUAGUACUUGGGUCUAUGGUCUUGCCAAGGCACGACAUCCUUCAUAUACAACUAAUUAUUUAUAUACAUAAUAUCACCGUGUCUUCACUGUCUAUCUGGGGAUGAGGCUCAUUUAAUAUUAUAUUGUCCCAC